AUGGUGGCGUGUGGAGUGUGUGUGGAUGGGUUGGUUGACAUACGAAUGGUGAAUGAGGUGGGAGGGGAAGUGGGAGUUGACGAGAGGGUGAAAGAGGAUGGUGGACGUCGGUGCAGUGGUUGGGCUACUUCAUGGCAAUGUAAGUGCGAUGGUUGGUGCGAGAAGGCAAUGCCUGCCCUGUCAACCGACACCUUUGCACCCGCGCGCUGCACCACCGCACCGUUCACUGCUGCUUCUCCAUCAUGUGGUCGAUUCACUCUAGUCGCCAAUCCUGUUAUCCUGUUGUGGUUGAGUGAGAAACUGGAGUCAAGUGAGGUGUGGUGCUGA